CAGAUCCUGAGUCAGCGGCUGAGCGCGUGGUAAAGGUUCUGUGUUUUAUUUGUUGUCACGAGAUGCGCUUCCGCCACAUAAAAAAGGGCCAAAAAGUAAACAGAGGAACCGCUGUAGUUGAUGGUCAAACCACAGACGAGAAAUCGUUUCCGACCAACUUCUGAACACCGACGAGGCUUUCACAAUGAUUUGAAAUAACGAUUUGUUAAAUUUCUGUACCGUACGGGGCAUUUAUAAAAACGACACGGGGAAGCAAGAAAAAUGGCAAUGCUGUGUUUUCGAUUGCCGGGCCAUGGCGACAAGACCCUUAAACACAUGGACUCACUGAGAUCCUGUCAGCACUUCUGUGACAUCACCAUUGUUGCCAGCAACAACCAAACAUUCAGGGGACAUAAAGUGGUUCUGGCUGCGUGCUCGCCAUUCCUGAGGGACCAGUUUCUCCUCAAUCCAUCCUCAAAGCUUCAGGUGUCUAUGUUGUAUAGCGCCACUGUGGUGUGUGAUCUGCUCCUGUCAUGUUACACUGGAAUGCUGCAGUUCAACCCAGAGGAGAUUGUCAACUACCUGACAGCUGCCAGCUACCUGCAAAUGGAACACAUUGUGGAGCGAUGUCGAGGAGCACUAAAGAAGUAUGUACAGCUGAAGAACCCCAGUCCGAAGAUGACAGCGGAGGAGAAGAGUAAACAUCAGCCUGUCAUUGUCACUGGCAGUGUUCACACCGCUGCUUCUCCCUCCACUAUUAAAACCUCUGCUGUGGACCCUCAAGAUGCUGUAGGAGAGUUGGUUGGGGACAACAACAGUGAUUUGUCUGCUCAAGACUGUUACCAACAACAUGAUGAAAGUCCCACGGUAGAUGAGCCAUGCAUUAAGGUUAAUGCGUCAGACGAGGAGGAGGUUCCCAGGCAGGAGAACUGCGAUGUCUUUGCAGUGUAUGUCUCUGAAGAAGAACAGAUGGGCAGAGACGGAGAGGAGGAAACUGGAACUCCCUCUGAUGGACCUCUGGAUGUUGCUUGUUACCCUGAGACAGACGGUGUUGUGUUUGGAGAAGACGGCAGGGAAUAUGACAUCGAUCCAGUCAAACUAGAACUUGGCACUGGAGGACUUUCCAUGGAAAGUCUUCGUCUAGCUUUCAAACGCAGGAUCUCUGAUCCUAAAAUUGAAAAGGAAAGAGGGACUGGUAAGGCAAGGAGUUUCAAAAGGAAAAGGUGGCUGACGUCUCAGGAGAAAAGACUUGCGGGCCUCGCCCACCACCAGGAACUGUGGUAUAUGGCCGCUUCUGGAUUAGGAGGUGGACUUGGGCUGGACUAUAGCCAGGAAGGAUUGAAGACAGGGUACGUCUCAGAUCUCCCACAGAUGAACAUGAGUGUGAGUGACACUCAGGGAGAAAAAGUUUCCACUAUGGCAGCUAACACUGUGAGCCAGUAUUCUCUGGAAGAUUCCAGCUGUGGUGCUGGUGAAGGGAGUUCAGGGAUGGCCAGCAUCGGCACCACAGAAGGAGGGGACGAAUCUGUUGCAGUUGUGGGCUCCACUUCAAGUGUAACCGGGCCCGUCAUAUGUGAGCACUGUGGCAUGACCUUCCCCUCGGCUCAUGCUCUAGCCGUCCACUCACGCUCAGUGCACCUCCUGUACACUUGCCCCUGCUGUGGGAAACAUUUCUACCACUCCGCCAACUUCACCCGGCACAUGGCUGUACACCGGGUGGCCGGCAAAUCCCACCAGUGUCCACUGUGCUACAAGACUUUCACACAAAAGUCCACACUGAUUGACCACAUGAACCUCCACAGUGGCGAGCGCCCACACCGCUGCGCCUACUGCCACGCACGUUUUGCCCACAAACCUGCCUUACGACGCCACCUGAAGGAGCAACACGGGAAAACCACGGGGCAAAACUCCCUCCACGAGCAGGAGGAGAUCGAGAGAGCGAGAGAAGCUGCCGGAAGAAUGAGGCAGGAGGAACAG